AUGACUUUAAGUGGAGGUCUUUUUGGAGCUGUACGACUUAAAUCAAAGCAAAGAGAACAGUAUGUAAAACAUUAUUUACCAUGGGCUAUUCAAACAGGACUAAACAGUAAUUUUAUGUUGAAUAUUUAUUUUGAAAAAAGAUGGGAUCAACCAAUAGAAGAACUACAAAAAGAAUUAAAUAUAAAACCUUUAGAAAUAAUUGAUUUAAAAUAA